AGUGGCGCACUUGACAAUCUAAUUGAAUUCAGUGUUCUGUUCUGUUCGGUUCGUGUCGUGCCAUAGGCAAGAGGGUUGUGUGUACCUGCGUGCAAAUCGUUUCGAGUCGCUUGUACGAACGCAAAGUGGAACAUAGGUUUUCUCGGAAGUGGAGAUUUUUUUUUCCGGCGCGAGUGUGAGUUUAUCCGGGAGGGAAGAUACCCUUUCGAGUGGUGGGUGGAGAUGGAUCAAGAAGAUAGUUUCGAUUAGAUUUGAGAAAUAGUCGACGAAUGCUGUGAAAUCUAAUUGAUAAAUAUUAGGGUCGCAUUUUGAUCUGAAUAAAAGUGAUAAAAUCUAAAAAUAAACAUGAAGAAUCACGGAAACAACAUGCACUACUUUACGGAGUCAUCCGAUGAUGAUGACGAGGAAACCCUCAUGAUCAAAAAAGUGCAGCAGGACAACAAACUGUGGGACUCCUUCCAGGAUCCGCCGGUGCAGCAGACAUCCGGUUCGGCUGCCAGUCAGGAUUAUCUGAGCGUGUUCAUCAAAUGCCUCAAAGUGUUUACGUACAUUUUCGUGUUCCUGGUGACGCUGACCGCCGCUUGCUUCUCCAAGAUGUCCUUCCUGCUGAUGACGUCCAACGUGAAGGAGGGCGUCAAAAAUAGAUACUGCGACGUGAGACAACCCGACAAACAGUUCGAGGCCAUCAUUCCGACGGAGCAACGGAUCGGCUGGAUGUGGGCCAUCAUCAUCUCGUUCACCAUUCCGGAAGUGGGUACACUGAUUCGGGCGGCCCGCAUCUGCUUCUUCAAGAACAUUCCCCGACCUACGUUCGGCCAGUUGACGGUCGUUACUCUCAUGGAGGGCUUCCACGUGGCAGGCUUGGCCAUGUUGGCGUUCCUAAUCUUUCCCAAUUUGGAUGCUGUUAAGGCGGUGAUGCUAACGAACUGCGUCUGUUUGGUGCCGGCAAUUUUGGGACUACUUUCGAGGUCAUCCUCGGAGUCGAAGCUGCCCUUCAAGUAUACGGUUGAUGUGCUGGCCAUUAGUGCACAGGUGACUGGAUUCGUGGUGUGGCCUAUGCUAAGCGGUUCCUUUGAACUGUGGUUCAUUCCGGUGGCUGUUUUCCUGGUGUCUUGUCACUGGUGGGAGAAUUACCUCUCACUGAAGAGCUAUUUUCGACCAUUCGCCACCCUGGCCACCAUUCGGGAAAAGCUGACGGAAUCUCGUUACAGUACCUAUCUGUUCGUAUCACCGUUCAAAGUGUUGCUCUUCCUGGCAGCGGGCGUGUAUCUGUCCGGUCAGGCCGUUCCGGAUUUUUUCGCCAUGUUCAGCAACGGCUGGGGCAACCACACAAUCGUGGUCCGUGAGAUGGAAGCGAUUUUGAACGAGAAGUUCCCGGAUUUGAGCUCGAUAACGUCUGAUUUGGAAGUUUUGGAAAUAUUCCCGGAGAAGAACGCCGUCCUCUGGAUCACCGUGACGCACGUGCUGUGUUCCUACAUUUGCUACAUUUUCAGUAAAUUCUCCUGUAAGAUUCACAUCCAGAGCUUCUCGAUGGCCUUUCCAAUCAACCUUACCGUUCCGGUGACGGUAACUCUUCUGUUGGUAUUCUGCGGUCUUCGGGAAGCGAACGUCUGCGUCUUCAAUGGAAUUUUGCCAGACUACCUGUUCUUCCGGAUGCCUCCGAUCUACUACCUGUUCGACUACGUCAUCAACGAGUUCUCCUGGUUGUGGUUAUUGUGGUUGCUGUCGCAGACCUGGAUAACUCGGCAUCUGUGGAUGCCAAAGAGCGAUCGUAACGCAUCCACCGAGAAGCUCUUCGUUACACCGAUGUACAACAGCUUGUUGGUAGAUCAGAGUGUUGCCAUGAACCGGAGACGGGAAGAUCAGGAGGAUUUCGUGAAAAAGAUCGACAUGGUCAAAGUGAAGGAUACGGAGAAAGCAAACGAAAUCGAUGCUAAGGCAAACGAGCGAAAGAACGAUACGAUCAAACCGUACGACAGGAUACCGCAGAUCUUCAUCUGCGCUACCAUGUGGCACGAGAACAAGGAAGAGCUGAUGGAGUUCUUGAAGUCUAUUAUACGGUUGGACGAGGACCAGUGUGCCCGUCGAAUGGCUAUGAAACACAUCCAGGCUACGAAGGAAGACAUCGAUCCGGACUAUUACGAUCUUGAGACUCACAUCUUCUUCGACGAUGCCUUCGUCAACGACAAAUCAAAGUGCGAAAGUGCCAACGAUUCUCCACUGAACUCCUACGUCAAGACUCUCAUCAACCAUAUGGAAGAAGCGGCCUUGGAGGUGUACAAAACCAAGAUGCGUAUUUAUCCACCGACCAAGAUCGUGACCCCGUACGGUGGUCGACUCAUUUGGACCCUUCCAGGGCGAACGAAAAUGAUCGCUCAUCUCAAGGAUAAGAACAAAAUCCGACAUAAGAAACGCUGGUCACAGGUCAUGUACAUGUACUACCUGCUGGGUUACAGGAUCAUGCAGUUGAACACCUCUCCCGAGCGGAAAAUGGUGAUCGCUCAGAACACCUACCUUCUGGCCCUGGAUGGAGAUAUCGACUUCCAACCUAAAGCAGUCUCCCUUCUGGUAGAUCGCAUGAAGGUUGACCCAGACCUGGGUGCUGCUUGUGGUCGAAUUCAUCCGGUUGGCACCGGUCCAAUGGUGUGGUACCAGAUCUUCGAGUACGCGAUCGGUCAUUGGCUUCAAAAGGCUACGGAGCACGUGAUCGGAUGUGUCCUCUGUUCCCCUGGAUGCUUCUCCUUGUUCCGAGGGCGAGCUCUCAUGGAAAAUUCCGUCAUGAAGAAGUACACCACCAAGUCAGACCAGGCCCGUCACUACGUUCAGUACGAUCAGGGUGAAGAUCGAUGGCUUUGUACCUUGCUCCUCAAGCAGAAGUUCCGAGUUGAGUAUUCGGCUGCUUCGGACGCCUACACUCACGCGCCGGAAGGUUUCAAUGAGUUCUAUAACCAACGCAGACGCUGGGUUCCGUCAACCAUCGCCAAUAUCUUCGACCUUCUGGGAGAUGCCAAGCGAGUCGUCAAGACCAACAACAGCAUUUCGAUGCCCUACAUCGUCUACCAGUGCAUGUUGAUGUUCGGCACGAUCCUCGGUCCUGGCACAAUUUUCCUUAUGAUGGUCGGUGCCUUGGUUGCCGUAUUUCGCAUCGACAUCUGGACAUCGUUCCUCUGGAACGGAGUCCCCCUAGCAGCCUUCAUGGCCAUCUGCUUCUGGUUGAAGCAAAAGUACCAACUCAUGGCCGCCUUCUUCAUCUCCGCCAUCUACUCACUAGUCAUGAUGGCCGUACUGGUCGGUAUCAUAAUCCAGGUCAUGGAGGACGGCAUCCUCGCCCCUUCCUCAGUAUUCUUCAUGGCCGUCGCACUUCAAAUCGUCGUCACGGGUCUCCUUCACCCCCAGGAAAUGGAAGCCCUCCCAGCUGGCCUCGUCUACUACAUCACCAUCCCGUCUAUGUACAUGUUGUUGGUCAUCUACUCGGUGUUCAACAUGAACGACGUUUCUUGGGGAACUCGGGAAAAUCCCACGGAAGCUCCGGCAGCCGCUCCGGUUCAACAGGUACCGCAGGGCAAGAUGCACAAACUGCUGGGGUAUCUACGUUCCGGCGAUCAGGAGGACGAAGGCUCGAUCAACUUCUCUGUGAGUGGACUGUUCAGCUGUUUGUUCUGCACUCACCCUAAAUCCAGCGCCGAAAAGGAGCAGAUGGUGCAGGUGGCCAGCUCGCUGACCGAGAUCAACUCCAAGAUGAAGGAUCUGGAAAUGAAAUUAACCGGCUCCGUCACCGUAAUGAGAUCCUGCGAUGACGACGAUGAUGACGUGGAUGAGAUGAGCUGCCUUGACAUGCACCCGGGAGGCUCCCCGAACGGAGUGUCUUCCCCGAUCCAGACGGUGAAGAAUUCUGAGAUGGAAGAGCCGGAGAAACAAAUUAACUACCUCCCGGAUUGGUUGUACGACGUAGACCUGCGAAACGGCGAUACCGAAACCAUCUCCGCCUCGGAAGAACAAUUCUGGAUCGAGUUGAUCGAAAAAUACCUCAAACCGUUGGAUCUUACCGACAAACAAAAGAGCGAAAUGAAAUCCCAGCUGAAGAACCUCCGUGAUCUGGCCGUGUUUGCCUUUGUGAUGGCCAACGCCCUGUUUGUGUUGGUUAUCUUCCUACUGCAGCUGAACAAGAAGGAUCUGCACAUUCAGUGGUGGUUCAACGCGAAGAACACGAUCAGCUUUGACGAGAGCACAGUGGAGAUUAUCGUGCGUCGGGAGUACCUGGAGAUCGAGCCCAUUGGGUUGGUGUUUGUAUUCUUCUUCGGGUUGAUCUUGGUGAUUCAGUUCGUGGCGAUGCUGAUGCAUCGCUUCGGGACGAUCUCGCAGAUCUUGGCGUCUACGCAGCUGAAUUGGUACUGCUCGAAGAAGGCGAAGGAUAUGUCGCUGGAUGCGGAGCUGCGGGAGAAUGCAGUGGAAAUCGCGAGGAGGUUGCAACGGCCGAAGCCGCAGUGGGACGAGGAAGAUAUGGAAGAUGAUCAGAAGGCGAUCGGAAGACGGGACACGAUCCAUAGAAUUUUGUAUCAGCACAAGAACAAACAGGACUGGAGUAAUCUGGAAGCGAACUUCAAGCGCAACUACUACAAGGAUGGUGAUCUGAACCUGGGUGGAAGGUUGACGCUCAGUAGAAAGACGCUGAAUGUUUUGGAUACGAGGAGAAAGUCGAUGGCUGAGCAAAGGAAAAUCCGAAAGUCGAUUCUCCGAGGUCAGAAUCCUUACGACACGGCUGGUGAUCUGUGGUACCAGGGCAGUCCCGACGGUGGAUUGAACCAACGAAAGAACUCAUCUCCACCAGGUUACAGCGGACCGGAAAGAGCUCGCACUUCGAAUGGAAGCCGCUACAAUCAAUCACCCAACUUUGAAGGAAACAAUCGCGGAAGAGUAAACUAUGCCUAUCAAAUCGACGAGGAACUAGAAGAUUAUUCCGAAGAAGAAGACACGAUGGAGUUUGAUCGUCCAACGCUGCAAAUGGAAAUGACUGAACGACCUACACCCAACUCCAAAAGAAAGAGUAGAGUUGCGUUUGCUUAGCAAAUGUUCAAAAGUAACUAUUUCACAAUUUAUGUAAUAAAAAGUAACUACAUGAAAUCAUAAAUUCGAUUCCCCAA